AUGCUUUAUAAGCCGGUGUACCGACGCGCACAUCCUCCAUUCUGCCCACAGCCACCAGCGAUGGAAACCGUCUACACCAGCACGCGGAUAUUUGUCAAUAGUGCCAGCCUGCCGGCGGAUGUGUUUGCCGGCGGGAUCGUUGUGUCGGCCAUUGACGGUAAGGUGUCACGCGUCCUCCGCUCCCGGGCAGCGGUCGACCGUUACUUGAAGGACAAUGAAGGUGAUUUUAAGCAUUUCGACUUUGGCAAUCUGUUGCUUAUGCCCGGGCUGAUCGAUACGCACGUCCACAUUAACGAGCCGGGUCGCACCGAAUGGGAAGGUUUCCACACCGCCACUAAGGCGGCCGCAGCCGGCGGUUUUACGACGAUCUGCGACAUGCCGCUCAACUCGAUACCGCCAACGACCAGUGUGGCCAACCUUCGCACCAAAGUCAACGCAGCGAAGGGGAAGAUUUUCGUGGAUGUUGCGUUCUGGGGCGGGCUGGUGCCAAGCAAUCAGCGCGAGCUGCGCCGCAUGAUCGCGUCCGGUGUGAUUGGAUUCAAAUGCUUCCUAUGCCCCAGUGGGGUGGAUGAGUUCCCACACGUGUCGGAGGAGCAGGUGUACGCAGCGGCACGAUUGAUCGAGGGCACUGGUGCAGUGUUGGCUUUUCACGCUGAGGUCGAAUGUCAACAACAGCAAAACGAAGACCUGUGUAACAUCAACGAUCCGUUCAAGUAUCGCACAUUCCUCCAAUCCCGUCCAGAUAGUAUGGAGCAGCAGGCGAUCGAGCUAGUGGCAAAAGUGGCUCAGCAAUUCGAUGUCCGGACACACAUCGUGCACCUUUCGUCGGCACGAGCACUACCGACAAUACGGCAUGCCCGAGCGCUCGGUGGCCGGCUCACGGUGGAAACCUGCCAUCACUAUCUUGCGCUCGCUGCCGAAGAUGUGCCGGACGCGCGCACUGAGUUCAAGUGCUGCCCCCCGAUACGCGAUCGCACCAACCAGGAGCAACUGUGGCGUGCCGUGCGGGAGGGCGAGAUCGAUCUCGUGGUGUCGGAUCACUCGCCUAGCACGCCGCAGAUGAAGCUGCUUACCGAUGGGAAGCAGCGUGGUAACUUCCUCGAAGCUUGGGGCGGUAUCUCGUCCCUCCAGCUAGGGUUACCACUGUUCUGGACGCACUGUCAGCAGUACGGUCUCACGCUGGAGGAUACGGUCCGGUUGCUCUGCACCGAACCGGCACGUCUGAGCGGGCUGGACCAGUACAAGAGCCGCCUCGAACCCGGCUACGACGGUGACAUCUGUGUGUGGGAUCCUGAGGGGACGUUUACCGUCACGGAGGACAUGAUCGAGUUCCAGCAUAAGGCGACACCAUAUCUAAACCGUACACUGCACGGCGUGAUACAUGCGACGAUUCUGCGCGGCUCCCCAAUCUAUCUGCGAUCGGAUGUGCCUUCAUUUUCUUCGCCUUUGGGCAAUAUACUCCUUGGCAGCAGGAACGACAAUACCAACAACCAUGGUGAAGAUAAGCCACUGAAUACGUCUUCUGAGGAGGAUGAGUUGGAAGACGAUGUAGAUUUGUGA